GAGUUUAUCUACAUCAAGGCCACAGCUCAUAACAGGGCCUCCUUUAUCCGCGUUCUCUGGAGGUGCAUCAGACAGAUUGGAAAGAAGGAAGGCAGGUCUAAUGUGAGUGUGUCUGUGUGAUGUGGUAACACUGUCUUUGACCAUAUGAGAAAUGUGAAUAUAAUUUAGUAAAAAAGUUAUGGAAUUCUACUCUAUUAUAAAAAGGACCUCCUGUGUGUGCCGUUGAGUUAUAUACAGUAGAUACAAUGAAUAUCCCUGGUGUUUGUCAGUGUUGUUAUAGGUUAUGUGCUCUGCUUGCUACAGACUUCCUGGCCAUGUUGGAGUACAGCUCUCUUCUGCAGCUCCUCUGUCCAGACAUUCAAGUGGAGAUGGUACAACAUGCAGCAAGGUCUGUGAUUUGGCAUUAUUCAUUGAAAUUGUCCAGUAUUACAUUACAUUAAGUUAAGCAUGCUUUCAUCUCUGGAUUGUCAAGACAUGACUGUGAACCUUUCAAGUAUACACUAUGGCCAUAUCCAACUCAUAUCUUUCAACAUAGGAUAGUGCUGAUGGAUGAUGCCAUGGACUGCCUCAUGUUCUCACACUUCCUCUACUCUUUCCAAAUCCAGUUCUACUUUGAAGGUAAUUUCGUCUGCACAAAGCAACGACCAGAGAAAUUGGUUUACUACUGCGUAGUACAUUAUCCAGGUCUCUGUAUAUAUAGCCUCCCUACUGUUAUUUUAUUUUACUUCUGCUCUUUUAAUCUCAACACUUUUUGUUGUUGUUUUAUUUUACUUUUUUAUUUAAAAUAAAUGCACUGUUGGUUAAGGGCUGUAAGUAAGCAUUUCACUGUAAUGUCUGCACCUGUUGUAUUCGGCGCAUGUGGCCAAUAGAAUUUGAUUUGAUUGAAAUAAAGGUGACUAAAACAAAAAUGAUGAUCACAUAACUCCAAAUCUAGAGCCCUAGCUCCUUUUCAGCCUCUGAUUGGGUAGACUCUAGAAUGCACAGUGUCACCUGAAAUCCUGUAUCCUUUUACUUUCCACUUAGAGUUCCUGGAGAUCAUUGCUGUGAUCUACCAGGACCUGCUGUCAGGGAAGAGCCCCAACACUGUGAUCAUCCCCACCUCUACCUCAGUGAAACAGCUCCCCCUGGUGGCCACAGAGGAAACAGACUCAGGAAGGAGUGGGCUCAUCUGUGUUCGGAGAAUGCUUUGAGGGACUUUGUGAGAGGUUCAAACACAAGUAAGGAACAGUUUCAUUACAAUAAAUUGCUCUAAAUAAAUCUGAAGAUUACAAUGACAAUAGAAAUAAUCAAUGAUUUUCAGUCAACAUUUGUACUCACAAGAUUAUACCUCUUUGUGAGGCUCUUCCUGGGAUUAGUAAUUGGCCUAAAAGGACAAAUACAGUUGUAUUCAAUUUAACUAGGAUACAUAAUGCUUGAUUAAGUUAGUGAUUUAUUGAUAUUGUGUGUUUCUACAUAGCCAUCCUUCUACACCUGCCUUUAGAGAGGUCAUGGAGAAAACACAGAGUAACCUAUGGCUUUGUGAUGGCUCUGGUCAGACAUGAGGAUGUCAACCAGGACAUUGGUGAGAACUACAGUGUUGUUUUCUGUUCAUAACAAAGACUACUGUUCUCAUAAUGCAAUACAAAUGCAAGCCAUGCAAUACUACAAUGAACCUUGGCAGGCUUUUCAUUUUAACAUAUCACCAUUACAAUGGGCGUGGGCUGCUUAUCUGAUGUUCAUAACUGUGUGUUGUCGCUGCUAGGUGCCCUGCCAAAAAAGUCAGAGCUGCUCAUUGACCCUGAGAUGGACCAGGAGGUGGAUAAA